AUGAAUCAGGCCCCAGUUUCUUUUGUUUUCUACAUCAUAUUAAGCACUCAUAUAUCAUUUCCUUCUGUUUCUGCCCAACACUUCUUUUUUCCUUCCUUUUACUGUUUGCUUUUGUAUUUUGAUCGGUUUGAUUUGCAUUUUUGUUUUUUUCUUCUUUUCUUUUCUUUUUUUCUUUUUUUUUUUUUUCUUUUUUUUUUAUUACACGGCAAAAUAUCGGUCCGUACCGCGUCUGAUUUUCUCAAAUCACAGCUCCUGGCGGCUUCAACUGCAGACCAUCUUUAUCGCGUAAGUGCGGCGGCUGAGCGAACACAGAGGCUUACACUCACAGAUACAUGUGCUGGAAUAAGAGAGAAUAAGCGCGGCUACACGAUCUACGUGAUAGCACUCAGCAAGGAUUGCACAUUUACAGCUGUUACUGUAAAGGAUGCAUUCAUUAAUGCAGUUAAUGUCAGCAACCAUUCGACAGCCCCCUACCGGGAAAUAUACCCCCACCAUCUCUCUCUCUCUCUCUCUCUCUCUCUCAAUCCUAGGAUCAAGCGAGGACCUGGCGCAACAUAA